AUCUUAAAGCUUCUAUUUAGAUACCAAACAUAAAUCUUGGGAUCGACGGCUGAGGAAAACCGAAGCGACGCCCAUGAUGAUAACAGUGGCUUCUCCACGCCCUCCCCGAAUCUCCCCGUCGUCGACCUUUCCAAAACCUGCUAGCUCUUCUGAACAUCCCAGCGUCCUCCCGUGCGUUUCAAUCCCAUUUCGCGGUUUCCAAUCCAGGGUGCGCACGAGAUCUUUCUUUAGGUGCUUCUGCGCCGAGAAGGAUAGCGCAGAUGAACUGUUCGAGGGGUUUUCAGUGCUUCCAUCCGACGUACCAUGGGAAAAUAGUGACGUAUGGUCCAUAUGUGCGGCCUAUUUCUUCGUCUUGCACGUUCCUUUGAGCUUUGGAGGGCUCUCAGUCAUCGCUCAAAUUCUUCAUGAACCUAACCUUGAUCCGCUGACAAUGGUGAACGAGCUAUUCCAGAUAGCAAAUGUUGUGUCCAUCACUGUGCUACAAGUUACAGAGUAUGUUGGAGUUUCAACACUGUUGCAUUUUAAUGCAAAGCCGCAAUAUGAUGUUUGCAGAUUCUUCCAUCCAAAGUGGUUUUGGGGAGGAAGAAGCUGCAUCACAGCAUCUAUUGUGGGGAUUGGUACUUUGAUUGGGCUAGUGUUUCUCACAUCCAUAGUUGCUGACAUGCUGGUUGGACCUAAGGAUGUGAAUGAUCCGAUCUUGAAAAAGAUUCUUUCGGAUAGCCCUUUGUCUAUGAUGUCAUGCUUUUUUCUGUAUUGCCUCGUUAGUCCUUUGUUGGAGGAAACUGUUUAUCGGGGGUUCCUUCUAUCAUCUCUAUCCUCCACAAUGAAAUGGUGGCAAGCUGUUAUUAUUAGUUCAUUUGUUUUCAGCAUUGGCCACUUCUCUGCUGAAAGAGGAAAGCAACUAAUAAAUCAAACGGACUAUCUUGUCAAAUGCAUAUGCUGACUAAAAUGUGUUCUUCCUUUGGGUAAAGGAGAAAGAUACUAAAGGUUUCCUAGGAAAGUUCAAAAUUGAUUGCAGGUGGCAUCGCCGACUUUCUUAUGGAGUAUGUUACUGUUUUCAUUGACAUGUAUUCACCAGCUGCAUUCCUUUUAAGCUGAGGUUUUGCCCCUUCGAUGCCAGCAAACCAUUUUGUGGGUCAUAAUU